AUGGGGCCAAGUCAAUACCAAGCAGCGAGAUGGAAUGGGCAUUUGCAAACAGCAAGCUCAAUAGUAGCAAAAAAAACAGCAGUUGUGGCGCAGCAAGCAGUCAACUCGCAAGCAGUGGGUGUGUUGACCUCUCUCCGCAGUACAAACCCGAUCCCACCUGCUGCGUUCCGUGGAACAGGACUCCUGCACCUACCUCCCCCGAGUCCGCACGAAACCCGAGUCCCUUUGCUAUCCAAGGCCCCAGGCCAAGGUGACUGUAAGUUAAUCUCCCCCUUCCUCUCCUAUGGAACCCAACAAAAAAGUAACUCCACCAGAGGGCCAAGAAGAAGGUCUCCAAGAAAAAAUUCAAAUCCUGGAAAAUGUGCACGGGAGAAGGAGACGCCAGUGUUACCAGUGGCCGGCCUAGGUCUGAGCGUGGGAGAGGACACCGAGACGUCCUCCACUACCACAGACAGCUCACAUGAUGAUGGCGAUAAGGAAGUGGAGGUGACAAUGGCCUGUGAUACUGGAGUUAAGGGACAACGGAACCGAGGCAAGAACACCGAGGCCAAGAAAUCACCCCCUGCGGCCGCUGAGCGUAAUUGGGCGGCAGUGCCAGUUUCUCUGGAGCUCGAGUGGGAGGAUGAUGAAGAGAGAGGUGUUGGCCAAGAAAUCCCACAACACACGCUCUAGGAAGUCUAAC